AAAAAAAAACGAAAAAAAAUUAAAAUUAAUAAAAUCGCUUCGUGUUCGUUGUUUACACAAAAUAAUAAUAAAUAUGUUUUGAUUUAUGAAGAAUUAUUCAUUUUUCUUAAUAAAUUAAGUGAAAAAGCAGAAAGACGACCUAAUUUCUCGUCUCACAAAAUAAAAAAAAAUCAUUAUGCGAAAUAUUUGGCUUGUCACAGUAUUUGUCUUAUCAAAUAUCGUCGUGAGAUAUGGCGGAGGUGCAAUGCACGUCGACAGCAUGUACGAUAAGAAUCAUUGGGUCAGGGAGAAUAUUUUUGAGAUCAAGAAACGUCUCUCAAACUUGGGCUUAUCGUUGGAUGCGAAAAAUUUGCCGCGUGCGAAAAAUGUAAUUUUGUUCAUUGGAGACGGGAUGGGCUUGAAUACUCUCACGUCAGCGAGAAUUUUAAAAGGACAGAGAAAUCAUCGAUCGGGAGAAAUGGAAAAGUUGAUAUGGGAUGAAUUUCCAUCGAUUGCACAUGUUAAGACGUUCACAGCGAACACGAUGGUAGGCGAAAGUGCUGCAUGCGCAACUGCCAUGUUCACAGGUGUCAAAACAAACGCCGAAGUGAUCGGGUUCGACGGAAAAAUGCAAUAUAACAAUUGCUCGACGUCAAAACCCACGAAGCUUCAGACGAUUUUCGAUUGGGCCCAAGAAGCUGGCAUGAAAACUGGUUUCGUUACAACAACUCGUGUCUCGCAUGCGACCCCAGCUGCUCUUUACGCGCACACAAGCAACCGUUAUUGGGAAGACGACUCAAAAGUUCCCGUGAAUUUCCGCAAAAAUUGCAAAGAUAUCACGCGACAACUUGUCGAAAGUACUCCGGGAAGGAAUAUUAACGUCAUCAUGGGCGGCGGAUUACGAAGCUGGUUGCCUUUAAUGCCUCCCGAGUAUAAUCAGACAUCGCAUCGUCGAAGUUCAAAAGAAGGAAAACGAUUGGAUUCGCGAAAUUUGGUUUAUGAAUGGCUCAAAGACAAGCAACACAAAGGAUUCAAAGCGAAAUAUGUGACGACGCGAAGUGAAAUGUUUCAAAUUUCAGAAGAAGUUGAUUUUUUACUCGGAUUGUUCUCGUAUUCGCAUUUGGAAUAUCACGCAGAUCGAAGUAAAGAUGAAGAAACACGGGAGCAGCCGACUUUGUUGGAAAUGACAAGACAAGCUUUGGAAGUUUUGAAGUUUAAUAGCAGCGGAUUUAUGUUGGUUGUUGAGUCGGGAAGAAUUGAUCAUGCUCAUCAUCAUAAUAAUGCGUUUAGAGCGUUAGAUGAGACAUUGGCGCUUGAAGAAGCUGUUCGAGAUGUCAUUGAAAAUGAUUUAAUUGACCUGAAAGAAACUUUAAUUCUCGUGACUGCAGAUCACGCAGAAGGAAUGAUCUUCAGCGGAUACAACUCUCCAAUUGGCACUGACAUCAUGGGCGUUGAUCGUUCAACAUCAGAUGUCGACAACAAACACUAUCCCGUGCUAACUUACGCUGCGGGUCCCGGACAUUACGCGUACGAGCGCAAAAAACAUUCGAAAGAAACUUUCCAACCAUCCACAAUUCCAAAAUCGUGGGGAAAUCACGGCGGAGAAGAUGUCCCGUUAUUCGCUGUGGGUCCAUUGUCGUCAACUCUCUUCACGGGGACCUUCGACCAAACUUAUAUUCCGCAAGCAAUUUCUUAUGCUCUCUGUAUUUCAAUUCACUCCGAUCGCUGUAAUCGUCACGAUGAUCUUUUUUCGGCGUCGUCUGAGGAAGAGGAAGAAACUGUCGAAGAAGAAAAUAAAGUUUUUGAUAUUUACAAUUCUCACGUUGAGAGAAAAGAGAUGUAUGCGUCGCUGUUGCUCGUGAAUAACGAAACUGAAGUUGAAAUGCAGACCAAUGGAACGAGUAACAGCGAUUGGAGACCUAGUUGUAGCAAUUAUUUAUUUUUCGUAGCAUUUAGUGCGGUUUUUGUUAAUUUAUAGACUGUUGGAAUGAAUUUUAUGUUGAAUAAAUUUGUGUUAAGG